AUGUCUUGGGCCAGACAUGAAUCACAGAAUACUAAUCAGCCAUUAUGUGAGGUGUCAUCUGUUCGAGCCUGUCCGGCGUUGUGGAUCAACUAUGAGGGAAAAUGCUACUUUUUCUCAGAGGAAAAAAGAGAUUGGGCUUCCAGUCAGAUAUUUUGUGAUUCACAUAAUUCUGCCCUGGCUGUGAUUGACAGUGAGCAAGAAAAGAUACAAGAUCAGCUCCACUACAGAAUCGUAGAAUCACACCAACACAGAGGGAUAAGAAGGGAUUUCUUUGAAGACAGCAGUUCUAAAUCUGAAAUUUUGUGUGGCUUUAAGGCAUUCAUUUUGCGCUACAUCAGGGACACUGCUCACUGGAUUGGUCUGAGGAAGGACUCUGGACAAACAUGGAAAUGGGGAAAUGGGCAAGAAUUCAAGAACACGUUGGAGCUGAAAGGAAACGGAGAGUGUGCAUUUCUGAGCACUGACUUUGCUGUGUCAGACUGCCACGUAGCAAGAAACUGGAUCUGCAACCAGCCUGAUACUUAUACAAGGAGCAGAGGUUAGGGUGUCAUCCUAACCAGCAACAUAUGAGAUCCAAAUUGAACCCCAGCCAGUAAUCUGGCCUCUGCAUUUUGGGCCAACUGAACUUUCCAAGUCAUCUUCAAGGGCAGCUUUCCCUAUUUUUGAAACAGAGAAUGGCCACCUUGACUUAAUCAUGCUGUUGUCUUGGGUCUUUUGUUGGAGGUGAAAGAAGAAAAUCAAGUGUGCAUUUCUGAGCUUCUUUGUAACCCCACUUUCUGGGGCAGCGCCCAUAUAUUCUGUCUCUUUCAUUUCCAUGUAAUAAACCAAAUCCUUACAA